AAAAAAUCUGUUCACUUUUUUUUGGAUAAAAUGUAAAUGUAUAUAUAUCCAGAAAAUAGCAUUGUACAAUGCAUCACAAAAAUCAAAAAACUAUCUAAGUCAACAUGCUAACCUAAAAUAGUAUCUACCGUAUCUGUCUCCCCCCCCCACCCUGCGGUAGGGGUAGGGGGAGGAAAAAUUUUUCAGAAGCUCUAAGGGCAUCACAAAAACACAAUCCAAGAAUGGCACGAGACAGGCCCCGGCUCAUUCAUCAAAAGUCUACAAAAGAAAAUCCCAACUGUCCGGGCCCAAUGAAAACCCUUCCUUGCAUCCAACAUCAUAAAAAACUUUUCAGCAUCCCAAAUUAACCUUCAGCACCAGCGGCCCAAAGCUGAAGUCAGGAGGAGUCCCAGCGCAGCGGCCCAACUCAGUGCUCAGCAACAUCCAGUCCGCUCCAAGAUCUCCAGCACUCCUAGCGGGCUAGGGUUAAGGAGAGUCCCGGGUCAGCCCAAAAACGCCCCAGGCCCGGCGUCGCUAACAGGUCAGCGCCGCAGGGGCUUCAUGCCAAAGUCAAACCACCUUACCUCCCCCCCUUCCCCCACCCCCCAACCACCCCACCCGGUUCCGGCGUCCACCAGACGGUUCGGUUGCCGGAAAAGCGGAGGAUUAGAACCAAGCCGGAAAAGAGCGCUGCCAACCCAUUCUCCAUUCUCAACUCCCCACCCCCGUCGAGCCCCGGCGGCAUAGGUGGAUAGCCGAAAAGUGGCGUUUUGACAGUAGCCGGAAAAUACGAACAGACCACCAUGGAUUUCGAACCCAGUAGCACGAAACAGACACCAAGACCAAAACCGGUCAUCUUAUCCAACGAACAACCCCACAUAACUCUUCAGAAACCCAAACCCCAAGGCCAGAAUUCCCCAGACGCGAAAUGCAGAGUAGAGAGCAUCCAAAGUUUCAAACAUCCUCAUCCAGAAAGGUUGACUAACAGAGAAAACUUACCGGAGUAAAGCUACCCCGUUUCCAGAUGACAAAUCGAUGGUGGCUGCGAACUCCAGAUCCAAAGCGUUGGCCCAGCCAAGGAUCCGUAACGAAGCAGUGUGGGGUGAUGGCUGCGUGAAAGGUCUGCACCGGUACCCCUCACCCGGAGCUGCCACUGAAAACGCCACCACCCAUGGAGGAAGAGCCAUCUGCAACGCUCUCAAGUGCAGGGAAGAGAAUCAAGCAGGCAUCUUGACAUUCAGGGAGUCUAAAAAGUCGUUGACAAGCGUCCCAAGCCACUUGUACUCCGACCUGUUAGAUUUCCCCAACCGUUCCGGCACCAAGUCCGAGGACGACGGAGCUGCACCACCGGAGGGUUUUCACCUUGGUUGUGAAUGACAAGAGGAAGAAGAAGGCGGACACAUCGUUCAUCGAAUGAAGCACGAACCAGCAGAAGACCACCGGACCCCAUCUGGUUGUAUCUGCUUGAAACUCGAGCUGCUUGCAUCCCUAAAUUCCGGCCAAGGAAAACCAACCAAGGACUCCAAGAACCACCAGUGGACCAGAUAGCUCAGGUUCCCAAGAGGUAGCAGCGAAGUAUCAUCUUCAAAAGGUAUUCCAAAAAUCGGCCAAAACCAAAAACAAAGCCCACAGGAGCCAUCAGGGCUCCGGCGGCGGUCAACCACGGACGGCGGCGCCAGAGAAGGGGAAGAGAGAGCAACCUAGGAGGAGCCUGGUGAGAGACAUUCUCAACUCUAUCUAGAACCUUUCAGGCAAGCGCUUUUAAAAAAAAAUCUGUUCACUUCGCUCCAUUUCAAAAUGUUAUUAAUUUGUGAUUAGCUAUAAAUUAAUCAUUAAUUCUAGUUCUCUUUGUGAGUCAUUCUCUAAUGGAACGAUACUCAUUUACUCUAUACUAUAUCAUUACAAGUCAAUAAAAACAUCAAUCCCA